GUAGAACAUGUACACCACAAUCGGACACAGGUGUAUAACUGGUUGCCUAACCAAUAAGUCACACCGAAUAAUGAAAUUUUAUAAAAACUAUAUUAUUUUUGAGAACAUUUCAGGUAAAUAAUACAAAAUCGCUUACUUGUAAAUACUCAUGUGAGUACAAUAAGAACAUUCAAACCGAUAAUAACCGCCCCAGUUACUAACACGCUUUGAGGUUAACUCUGAGACAAUGUUUACAAGAAUCUUAACCACUGCCAAAAUUUUAUCAAAAGUGACGAAUGUACCACCAUCAGUGAGGAAUUUUGGGCUUGUCCCCAUUGUAAUUGAACAAACUGGUCGAGGGGAGCGUUCUUAUGACAUUUAUUCACGUUUACUGAAAGAACGUAUUAUAUGUUUAAUGGGCCCCAUCAACGACCCAAUGAGUUCGCUUAUUGUAGCACAAUUACUAUUUUUACAGUCCGAAUCAACAAAUAAGCCAAUUCACAUGUACAUUAAUUCUCCUGGUGGAAGUGUCACCUCUGGAUUAGGGAUUUAUGACACAAUGCAGUACAUAUUACCACCUAUUGCUACAUGGUGUGUAGGUCAAGCUGCAAGUAUGGCUUCUCUACUUUUAGCUGCCGGUAGCCCUGGUAUGAGACAUUCUCUACCACAUGCACGAAUUAUGAUACAUCAGCCUUCAGGAGGGGCGCAGGGUCAAGCGACGGAUAUUAAAAUUCAAGCUGAAGAAAUUUUGAAACUGAAGAGUCAAAUUAACAACUUAUAUGUGAAACACACGGGGCAACAUUUAGAGAAAGUUGAGCGAAGUAUGGAAAGAGAUAUGUUUAUGAGUCCUGCAGAAGCUCAGACUUUCGGGAUAAUUGAUAAAAUAUUGACAAGUCCACCAAAGAAUAAAAUGGGUGGUGAAGACACGGAAAGUCAAAGUGGCAGCGAAACAAGUCCAGAAAAGAAGUGAUCUUUUUUAUAUAGUGAAUUGUUUUUUGUAUUUAUGGUGUUUUUAUAUUGUACUUUAUGAAGAUGAUCGGUUAAUUAAAAGAAAUAAUGAA